AUGAAGUACUUAGCCGCUUAUUUAUUAUUAGUCCAAGGUGGUAACGCUACCCCAUCUGCUGCUGACAUCAAAUCUAUCAUCGAAUCUAUCGGUGCUGAAGCUGAUGAAGCCAGAGUCAACGAAUUAUUAUCUUCCUUAGAAGGUAAGGGUUCCUUAGAUGAAAUCAUUGCUGAAGGUUCCAAGAAGUUCGCUUCCGUCCCAGCUGGUGGUGCUGCCGUCGCUGCUUCUGGUGCUUCUGCUGGCGCUGUCGGUGAAGCUGCCGCUGAAGAAAAGGAAGAAGAAGCAGAAGAAGAAUCCGAUGCUGACAUGGGUUUCGGUUUAUUCGAUUAA